UGCGCAGGCAGCAAGUUCGGCUGCGCCUCCGAGGGCCUGGGCGGGGCGGCCCCUCCCGCCGGGCGCGCCUCCGGCCUUUGGAGUGCUAUGCGAGGCUGCGUCUGGGGCUGGAUGCUCGCCGCCUCCGGCUGCGUCGCCCGCUCGGACCGCCGCCUCCUUGCCAGCUCCGUUCUGCUCCCCGGGAAGACGUCCGACAUCGUUGGUCGCGCAAUACAGAGAAAGAGAUCUGAGAACUUUGGGACCUGCUGAGAGAUUUCUUGUCUUAAGAGUUUGAUCGGAAAGGACGCGGCGGCAUGGCGGACAUGGAGCAGAACCUCAGCCUGGCCGAUGCACUGACUGAGCCCCCUCCCCAAAUCGAGGAGGAAGUGAAGCGGGAUUUCAUGGCCACCCUGGAAGCUGAGAAAUUCGACGACGUGAUCGGGGAAAAAGUGGGCAAGACGGAUUACGUUCCUCUUCUCGAUGACGACGACGACCCGAAGGCUGGGAACCAGGAGGCGAAAGCCAAACCGCGGGUUGAGAGCGUUCCUCGGGAGCGUCCCACCGCAACUGGACCAGCUGCCGUGGUUGAGAAUGGGGAUCACGGCCUGGAGGGGAGCCAAAAAGAACCUUCUGGAAAAAUCAUGGAGGAACAGAUGUCGUACAAAGAAUUCCUCGAUCACAACGAUGUGUGGCCGAUGGAUGACAGCAGCCAUGGCUUUGAGUCACAGCUCAGAUUUAAGCCGAUGGACGUGGCGGAGGUUUUCCCGACGUCCCGAGAAGACGUCCAGUCCGACCUGCUUCUCCUUCCCGAAGACAUGAUGGGUUUCGGACAAUAUUUUGGCGCUCUGAAAGGAUCCCACAGUCCUUUUGGAACAACCGAAUUUUCUGAACCUCCCCCUCUGGGAUUCACUCAUCCAACAGCCGCUGGUUUUGAACUCCUGUCCUUUCUCAACCCAGCGCCAAAUCAGAGCCAAGCAGAGGUCCACCAGGUCCCCAUGGAGAAGCUCCACCCUGCUGAAGAUGCUCCCUGCUCUGGAGAGCUCACCCCUCCAGAAGCAGAGCAGGUGAUGGCCUCCUCAGUUCCUCCUGCGUUUGAGGGCGCUGUCCCUACCAUGGAGGAGCUGAUGGGAUUUGAACCCUCGCUGGACCAAGGUUUGCUUCUUCAGAAAGGACCUCAAGCAGGCUUCCUAGAGACCUCCGUGUCGAAAGAACUAAAAUCAGAAGACGAAGAUAUCAUUGUCCUCACCGCCGGCAGUUGUCCUAUGCUGGAGAAACCAGAAGAAGGGAGCCAGUCCCUUCCCUCUCCGAAGGAGAAAGACGGUUUUCUUGGCCAACAGCCGAUGGAAAUCAACCUUCCAGCCCAAAAAGCAGAGGAGGCCCAGCCAUCACUUCCCUUUCCCGCUCCAGAAGAAGAGAGACCAUGUCCCGACUUCAAUACAGAAGAUCUGUUUCAACCAACGCCAACCAAACCUGGAGAGCAUCUUCCACAUCUUGCAGCAGAGUCGAUGGGACCUGUUCUUGGGGAGGAGCCCCACGUGGACUUUCCAAGGUCCUUUGUUGAUGAGUCCACGUUGGUCAAGGCCAAGGAAAUACCUGCCCACCCUGUGGAGCCACCUGUAGGAAAGCUGCCUCCAGAACAAGGGGCAGAGUCGAUGGGACCUGUUCUUGGGGAGGAGCCCCACGUGGACACUCCAAGGUCCUUUGUUGAUGAAUCCAAGCUGGUCAAGGCGAAGGAAAAGGAAAUACCUGCCCACCCUGUGGAGCCACCUGCAGGAAAGCUGCCUCCAGAACAAGGGGCAGAGUCGAUGGGAUCUGUUCUUGGGGAGGAGCCCCACGUGGACUCUCCAAGGUCCUUUGUUGAUGAGUCCAAGUUGGUCAAGGCGAAGGAAAAGGAAAUACCUGCCCAUCCUGUGGAGCCACCUGCAGGAAAGCUGCCUCCAGAACAAGGGGCAGAGUCGAUGGGACCUGUUCUUGGGGAGGAGCCCCACCUGGACUCUCCAAGGUCCUUUGUUGAUGAGUCCAAGUUGGUCAAGGCGAAGGAAAAGGAAAUACCUGCCCAUCCUGUAGAGCCACCUGCAGGAAAGCUGCCUCCAGAACAAGGGGGUGGAUCUCCCGCCCAAAUAAGACAUGCUCACAAACCCAGUGACCACCGCAGGUUUGGCAGAGCGAAACCUGUCCAGAUGACUCUGGCAGAUGCUCCAGAAGAUCAGCUUGCAGGUUCUCCAACCCUGAAGAGUCACAGCCCUAGAGGUGGAAACUCCUUUUUCGUGGCCGACUUUGGCUCCACUGGUGGAACUUCUCCCCGUAGCAAGAGAUCUCCGAGGAAGGGAGCUGGCCAGGCUUUCGAAGUUGGAGAAGGUUCAAGGGAGCUGUUGCAAGAGGGAUGGGACCUCGAGGCGUCGGCUGCCUUGAAGAAGAAGAAGAAGAAAGCAAAGCAGAAGAAAGGGCAGCAGCCACGGGGAGCGGAAACGUGGGAGGACAACUCGAAGAAGUUAAGAAGCCCCCCGGCUGCUGACGAACAUCCAAAGGUUCUCCAGGAAAGUCCUCAAGAGGUUUUGUGGGCCUCCCCAGAAGUUCUUGGAAAGGAGAAGCUCAUGAAAGAAGGACAACAACUGGAAGGACAACAGCUUCCAUACCUUCCUCCUGUGAAGAUUGAAGAACCUUCCAAACUUUCGUUGGACCCCAAACCAGGAGAAUUGAGCCAAGCCACACUGGCCAUGGAUGACAGCUCAGCGUGGCGGCCCAAAAGUCCAAAGAAAGAACAUUCUGACGAGCUUCGGAAGCACCACGUUGAACAGAAGAAGAAGGCAAGUCCAACUUCUCCUCCUGGUCCUGAAGAAGUAAGUCCCUUUGAGAAAAGGGUGCAGUUGGGGGAUCUGACUCCGAAGAACUCAAACAUUGAUGCCUCAACUUUGAAGACCCACUCUGCCGUGGGGCAGAAGAUUGAGGUCCAGGCUCUAGACCCCAUGGUUACCCUUGAGAAGGUUGCUCCAGAGUUUCCAAGUCUUGAAAGGAAAGAAGAGUUGGUAGAGGCAUCCAAGAAACUUGAGAAGGUCUUAAAGAAGGGCAGGGAGGUCAAGGAAGAUGUGACUCUUCCAGCUGAACCAAAACUGGCCGAGCCAAUCCAAGAAGGGACUUCUUCUCUUCAUCAAGACACAGAAGAAAGCAGAGAUGUCUCAGAGAUCCCCAAAGAAAGACCACUGGGCAAAAAAUCUGAUUUUAGUUCUGACAAAACUCCAUUCGUGGUGGAAACCAAGUCAGAUCCAGCCCAACCCUUGUUUGCUGCUGAGACCCUUGGUGGUGGCCCAGUGUUUUUCAUCAACCCAACAGAAGACCCACUUGGUGUUCACCCUCCAGAACAUCCGACCAGUCUCAAGUUGAGACACGACCAACCCAAGAAGAGGGGCAGUGAUGGAAAAAGCAAGAAAGCAAAGCAUGUGCCAGAGCUGGAGGAACACGUUGGUUUGAGCAAAGCUUCAACGGCGGUAGACGUUGAGGGCCUGGGCGAAAUCGGUUGGGCAACCCGGAACCCAGAAGAGAAUUUUUCCACUUCUCCAGGAGUGAGAGAGAAGCCGAAGAAGAGAUCUAGCGUGGGGAAGAGCAGAAGAGCGGAGGAGAGGAGCUCCUUUAGACAACCAUUUUUCUCUACUGUGGAAGAUCAUGAGAUGUUUGACCAAACCCAACAGAGAGCAGAUGAACCGAAAGAAGGGAUUACCGUCUUAGCUACCAGCCAGCAGUUGGGCAGUGCUACAGACGGUGUGAAGCAACCAAGUCCUCCUUCCAUCACCUUAAGUGAAAACAUCGAAAGUUCUCCAGCUGGACCUGGUCAAAAGGUUGACCUUCCUCCAUCAGCAUAUCCCUUCAUCCUGGAGGCCCCUGGAAAACAGACAGAAGGCCAGGUUCUCCUAGAGUUAACAGUCCAAGGCCAGGAAACGUGCGGGCCAAAUCAAAACAAGGGACCCACUUUGGCGAGCUCCCCUGGAGGAGAUCCCACCUUCAUGUGGGCCACCAACAAAUCCAAGAAGAGAAGCAGUGAUGGGAAAAGCAAGACGGCUCACAAAGGUCCCUCAGGAGAACCACCACCGGAGAAGACAUUGGAUGGGAUUGUCUCUUCAAAGAAAAAUGAUUUAGUUAACGAAGGGUCUCCUGAGAAGAAGAAUCAAGGGCUAGACCUUCCAGGUGCCGCCCAAGUGCAAGUCCCUGCUGAAAAACCGCUGGAAAUGACAGGAGGAAAGGAGGAGAAGAAGGUUGGACAGCUGUCCACUUUGGAGGAGAAAUCCAAAAUUGCAGAGGUCCCUAAAACCAAAGAAACACUAUCUAAGGGGCAGGAAGCUAGCCGAGAUGAAGCUGGAAAAGGUCCACCCAAGCCAGAUGUUGUCCUCCCUCAAGUCCCGGAAGAAGUUAAGAAACAGGAGACUGACUGGCAAAGUCUCCAAUUUCCUAAGGUCUUGGAGAUGAAGGCAGAACCUUCUGGUGAACACCACCAAAGAGUUAAGAUUGAGAAGGUCCCCACCUCUGAUGGCAUCAAGGAGGAGACAUCAGAACAUCUCCUCAAGCAUCCAGAAUCUACAGGCCAGGUUCCUGCCAAGCUCUUUGUUGAGGAAAUGCCUACUUUGGAACAAUCUAUCCAUUCACUGGGGAGGUUGGACACCGGGACAGUCAUAGAAGAUGAUAGAGAGACGAAGACCAAAGCAACAACAGCUUCCAGUGAGAAAAAAGAUGGGAUCCCUGAUCUUCCAGUUCUUCAAACCCCACUUGCAAAACCUGAAAAGAAGAGUAGAGAGAAGAAAAGUAAGAAGACCUUGAUUGUCCCUCAAGAACCUGUAGUUGCCCAACUAACUAAGGAAGACGUCAACCGUGAAGAACCUCGUGGGGUUGGUGGAUUGAGCUUCUCCGUAGGAGAAGUUGAGAUUGUAGAUGAAAACAGGAACAUCAAGAGUUUCCCUUCUGGACGUCAAUUACAUUGGGAAGAGGACCUCACAAAUGUUUUUGACCCAGCUGGACCUCUUGACGAAGCCGUCGCCAAAACUCGUCCCACCUGUCCGUUUUUAGAACACUUCAGCAAGUUGGCCGACGAGCCAAGCCAGGAGCAGUUUUUUCUUCCCAAAUUCCUACAAGACGCCAAGCCAGGGGACGAGAAGAUUCUGGAGGACCUGCAGGAGAACUUGGCCAAGCUUGAAGGUCGAGAGGCGGAAGCUUCCCUCGUCAUGAAAGCCGGCGACGACAUCAGGGAAAAGAAGAAGAACAAGCGGACCCCAGCGGACCAUCUCUUCAAAACGGAAAAGCAAACGGGAGGAACAGACCUUGAAGACAAAAGACAAGAACUUGGUUCACCAGAAAUGGUGGUGGAGAAGCUAAAGAUGGCUCCUGGGCUGGUGGCUGAAGGCAGUGACCUCCCUACGGAAACCGAAACUCUUAAGGGAUCCAGGAAGGAAGUGUCAACUCUUCAAACUCUAACAACUGUCCUUCUCAGUGGUGGAACCUCAGAGCCAGGAGUGUUAGCAGAAGAUAGACAAGAAGAUGAAGUGAGGCCUUCUGAGUGUCUAGACAGCUUAGGAAGCAAGACAAGGACAGAUAAGGUCCUGGAGGAUGGCCUUCUGGAGGAAGUGGGAGGAAGUGGGCUCUCUUCCGAUCAUCUGGCACCAGACGACAAGAACCUGGCCAAGAUAGAACCUCUCCUCCAACCAACCAGCAAAGAGGAGAAAGGACAACUUGGAGAACUGCAAGAUGUUCCGAACAUGAGAUUGGAAGCUGGAGAACCACAAACAUCAACUUCUCUGGCGGUCACUGAUCAUGAUGACCGCGGACCACUGGCUGAGACCAAGAAAGCAGGCCGAGCCAAAGCUCCUCCACCGAUGAAAGGCUACAUGAGACCUACCAAGUCAAGAGGCCUUCCUCCUCCUCCUCCGUCUCUCCCUUCCCUGAAGGAUGGAGCUCCAGACCAAGGCAGGAGAAGACCCCCCAAAGCCGAUGGCCCGCUUCUCCACAGGCGAGACAAAGAAGAGGUGAAGGCAUCUGUUGAGGUUCCAUCAUCGGAAGACGCAGCUGCCCUUCCCAGCAAGGACCUUCCACCGAGUCCUGAGAAGAAGACCAAGCCUUCAGCCAGCGUGGGGGUAAAACCCGCUGCAGCGAAAGCCAAGCCCGGGACGGCUGGCGUUUCCCCCGCCAAGCGGCCGGCUUCGGCCACCCUGGGCCCAAGCAAAAAGGCCACUGCCAGUCCCUCUGCGGCAGCGACCACCACGCCCAAACGCCCGUCGACCGGUGGCGCACGACCCUCCAAUUUAACUUCCCGAGAGGUUAAACCGAAGGCGACCGACGUUAAGAUCCCAGAGAAGAAGGUGCCCCUUUCCAAGUCCCCUUCUGCGACCUCCCCUCGGCCAACUGUGAAGACCACUUCGGCUACUUCCAAGCCUCCGGUGGCUGCUGGUGGGACGUUGCCCAGCCCAAGGACCACAGCUGGUUUGCCACUGAAGAAGCCCUCUGCCAUCAAGACAGAAAUCAAAGCCGCCGAUGCGAAGAAGGUCCCGGCAAAGUCAUCAACAGCUGAGCCCAGCCGUCCCAAGAGCGCACCGGCUUCCACCACUUCUUCUCCUGCACCUUUGGGACCCUCGGCCGCCCGUCCUAAGGCAAAACCCGUGGGUUCCAAGUCUCCGGGGAUGGCGGGCGUCACAGCCGAAGCCAAGAAGCCACCAUCGGCACCCAAGGCUCUUCCCAAAACCAGCCCAGUCUCCAAGCCUUCCCGUCCUUCCACCAGUAUCUCCGUUCCGGAUCUGAAGAACGUCCGGUCCAAGAUCGGUUCCACAGAUAACAUCAAAUAUCAGCCGGGUGGAGGAAAGGCCAAAAUAGAGAAAAAGUCCACUAUGGCUACCCGAAACUCCGAACCCAACGCGGUAUCCAAAACCACUCCAAAUAAAACAACCGUUUCUAAAGAGGGGCUCGCAAAGUCACCCAACGGGAAAGUCCAGAUACUCUCCAAAAAAGCGAACUACAGCCACGUCCAGUCCAAAUGUGGAUCCAAGGACAAUAUUAAGCAUGUCCCUGGAGGUGGGAAUGUCCAAUAUCUCCCCAAGUCAGCUUCAGGCAACAAAACCCAGCCAUCGACCAACCCCAAGCCCAGCCGUGGCUGUACCAAUGUGCAGAUCCAGAACAAGAAAAUUGACCUUUCUAAGGUGUCUUCCAAAUGCGGUUCCAAGACCAACAUCAAGCAUAAGCCAGGCGGAGGAGACGUGAAGAUCGAGAACCAGAAGUUGAACUUCAAGGAGAAGGCCCAAGCUAAGGUGGGCUCUCUGGACAACGUUGGGCACGUGCCCACUGGAGGCACUGUGAAGACUGAGGGGGGCAAGGAGGCAGCCCCAGAGAAUGGAGCACCCCCAUCGGGCAGCAGUGCCCCGCAGGAGAAUGGCGCAGGGCCACUCGCGCCCGCGCAGGGCAGUGGUGACCAAAGGGAAAUUCAGUGCUUCGACACUCACAUACAAGAGACAAGCCUUUAAUGCUGACAUUCUGGUAUCGCCUUCCGUCCCUUGUCUUUCCCCCCCUUUUUCCCCGUCCCCCCAAUGUGUCGCUGCAGAUUGAAUCCCACAAGCUGACCUUCCGUGAGAACGCGAAGGCUCGCACGGACCACAGGGCGGAUUUCGCGGUCUGCGCCGGCAGCCCCUCCACUUCCCCACCACCGAGCACUUCUGUCAGCGAGAGCCUGGGCACCAUCGCCGCCGCCGCCGUGUCCUCCUUGCCCCCACGGCUGCCCUGGCGGGCUCCCCUUGCAGAAGACACCUCUGCCGCGCUCUCUUGGCCAGGCUUGUGACUCGCUUUCCUGCCUAUCCCAGACCCCAAAUAUCCCCCAGAACCUCAGCUUGCCUCCCUUAAUCCGGUGCCGUCCACGUGCCCAGGCUUCAAUGGGGCUCCAGUAAGUGGUUUGUCCAUUGAUCCUUUGCGCGAGUCUCGGACUCAGAUGGGAUGGGAUGACCUUUCGGGCAGGGGGUCUUGCUCACCUCUGGCCUCCCAGAUCUCGUUUCAAUUCUUGCUUAUUUGGAUUUCAGGAUCAAAGUGCAAAUUACGAAUUUGGCUUUCGGGCCCACAAAUAUUGGAUCCUUCUCGGAAACUCGGCUUGAGAGACCGAGAAAGGGUUCAAAGGCCGAUGAGAGAGUUAAAGGGGGCAAGCUUUCUUCCUUUCUCUUUCCGACUUCCUCCCACCCCAUCGAUCUCCUCUGCACCCCAUUUAGCGCUGACCCGUUACUCACACAUAACGUCAUGCUCAUUAGCAUACCCCGCAAACAAUGCCGUAACCUUUUAAUUUUCUCGUUCUUCCCCUCGCGUCCCAACUGAGUGGUGUGGCUGUGACGAGCAGUGGUCCCUGUGGCUCCCGCCCCCCAUCCCGGCUAAUGCUUCCUUCCCUGCUGGUCCACACCGCCCUUCCCUUCGCCAUAGGAGAAUUAAAAAAAAACAAAAACCGCACCAUUAUCUAUCUGCUGUUGCAGCGCUGUUGGCUUUGUUAUCCACAUAUCCUGCCAUUUUAAACCGUGUUCUGUUUUUGUUUUCUUUUUCUCUUUUUGUUUUUCCUUUUCUUUGGUGUGGUGGUUCUUUUGCGUGUGUGUUUCAAAAUAUUUGGAGAACGACGGAGCCAAGGGACUCAAAGCCCCCCUCCCCGGGGGGGGGGGGGCGGGAGGGAUAGUGGAGACGAAAGUGGACAGGCGAGUGUGAGAAAAUAGACGAUGUAGAGCUGCGUCUUUGCACCAACGUGUUGCAGACAAAAGCUUCAAGAUGGGCGUUGAAAGUCGGCCACUCCUGCACAAAUACCGGGUGGGUUCCCCUUUGAGAGACCCCUGCCUUUGCAGGUGGCUUCCAAAGAAUCAUACACCAGUGAUCUGAGCAAUCUGUACCGUACGGGAGAACCCGUUCGGUAGAUUUUGCGACCACCAAGGGACACUGAAAUAUGCUGGAAUGUUUGCGAGGAAAUCGGGCAGGGAGACAGGGAAAGUCACAGGAAAGUGUUUGAAGGUCCGAAAAUGCUGGGCUGUGCAGGAUGGAAUCGGGGUCCUUCUGGCUUUGAGUCUCACGGGGAGGUCCUCGUCCGCAUUCCGUCUUCCACACUGCAAACGACACUAAACAGAGUUGUAAAUAAAAGUUUAAAAACGACCUGUGAUGAGAGUCUAAGAAGGGGGCACUUCAGGGGAGGCUGGGGGCGGGGAGGGGGUUACGCCAGAAGGCAUUGGAAGGGAAAUGUGUAAAAAUAAUUCUAAAAAAAUUAACUUUUUCCUCUUUCCCACCACCCCUGAGUCAGGAUGCUCCUUCAGGGCCUCUUCCAAGUAGCCCCACAGUUUGCAUUUUCCCACCAAGAAUUCUUACGCUCGUGAUUGUUUUAUAUAUAUAAAUAUAUCUAUUAAAGAUUGCAUGGUUUCUAAUAAAAUAGCAUUUCAAACUGUUAACAAGGGUUUAUUAUUUAUUUUUUUUUGGGAACAUCCAAACAGUCUGCAAAUUUAAAAAAAAAAAAAAAAAUGCAACUCCCAGGAGAGAAAAUCGAUGGGUAAUAGAAAUUUUGCAGAUUUUGUCCCGAAGGAAAGGUACAGUUUAAUCCUCGACUUUACGACCACCAGUGAGCCUGGAAUUGAUCUUGUGAAACGAUAACAAUUGUUAAGUGAGUUUCAGCUCCCUAUAUGAAUUUACCUGCCUAGUGAAUCCCUGCAGUUGUUAAAUUAGUAGCACGGUCUUUAAAUGAAUCUGGCUUCCCCAUUGAUUUUGCUCAUCGAAAUGUCACAAAAGGGAAUCACACGACCCUGGAACAUUGCGACCGUUAUAAAUAUGAACCAGCAUCCAAACGUAAACCAUGGGACCGUGGGGAUGCUGCAGCGGUCAUAAGUGUGAAAAACAAUUGUAAGUCGCUUUUUUCAAACGUAAAUUUGAACAGUCACUAAAUGAACUGUUGUAAGUCAAGGGCUUACCUGUCCUUUAUUUCCCAUUUUUGCCCUCUCAUCCCCCUUCUCCUUCCUUUCUGUGCUGCCCAAAAGCAGGGCUCCCACUCCUCAUCUAUCUUCCAAGUUAGGACGGACUCUCCCUUACACUUACCUGGCGUGUGUCCUGACUUCUUCUAUUGUGUGGUUUUGAGAAGGGAGAGACAACAUCACAACUCGCCCUUCGCACACCCGAUAUCAGGUGUGGUGGGCUUUGAAGUCAAUCAGAAUGAAGCUGGGAGGCACCUUGGAGAUCUUCUAGUCCACCCCACCUACUCAAGCAGGAGACCCUAUACCCGGGGUGUCAAAAUCGAUUUCAUUGAGGGUCACAUCAGGGCUGUCAUUGACCCCGGGGAGGGGGGGUUGUCAACUUGAUAUCACUGACUGGGUAGGCAUGGCCAGCUUGGCACCAUUCCCCAAACUGCUGGCACGUUUCCUUUUCGUAUUGGGUAACUGGGCCGAAUUCUAAGUCGAGGAUUAUCCGUCCUUGCUCCUGAUCUUGUAGUUAGUCCUCACAACAGUUCAUUGAGUGACCUUUUUUAAAGUUAACAAGGUCCUUGGAGAAAGUGACUUAACGGCCGUUUGUCAUAUUUAACGACUGUGGGCACAUCCCCGUGUUCAAAAUUCAGAGGCGUGGGAAUUUAUUCCUCUUUAUGAUGGUUGCCGCGUUCCCGGGAGUCAUGUGAUGAGUCACAUGAUUCCCCCUUUGCGACCUUACGACAAUGGGGAAUCCGGAUUCACUUAACAACCAUGUUUCCUAACCAGUGCAGGGAUUCAUUUAACAACGGUGGCAAAAAAGUUCUUAAAAUGGGACCCAAUUCAAUUAAGAUGUCUCGCUUAGCAACAGAAAUUUUGGACUGGAUUGUGAUCGUAAGUCGAGGACUACCUGUAUAUAAGCGGUUGGAUCAUCAUUUCUACAGGUUCUCGACCUACGACCACAGUUGUGCCUAAAUUUUGUUUAGUGACCAUUGGACAUUACAAAAGUGACAGCUGGUCAUCACACUUAAGGACUGGGGCAGCAUGCCCACUAUACAGGAAGUCCUCGAAUUACGACCAUAAUAGUGCCCCAAAUUUUAAUUCCUAAUCGAUAACAAAGUUGUUUUGUCCCGUUUUACAACCUAGCUUGCCACUAAGCAAAUCACUAUAGUUCUCCUUAAUCACACUGUUGUGAUCUGGCUGGAAUCUGGCUUCCCCAUGGACUUGGCUUGUCAAACGGUCACAAAAGGGAUCACGUAACUCGUGGGACACAGCAACUCUCGUAAAUGCGAGUUUGUUGCCAAGUAUCAGAGUUUCGAUCACCAGAAGGAUGCUGCUAUGGUCGUAAGUGCGAAGCACGGUCCUAAAUUGCUUUUUUUUCACCGCUGUUGUCACUGGGUGAACGGUCGUAAGUCCAGGACAACCGGGGAACGUUUGGCAAGGAGAGUCCAUGGGGAAGCUCAAGAGUGUCAGGCCUGGAAGAAGCCAUCUUUUGCAUUGGGCCUUCAGGCCUGCCACAUUUACUAUUAUGGGAAAGUGGGAGGGGGGAUUGUGUGGUGUGUGGGUGAUAUAUAAUCAUAAUAACAUUCUUU